AUGGCUGAGGGCCGGGCGGGCGGCGCUGCCGGCCUCUUCGCCAAGCAGGUGCAGAAGAAGUUCAGCAGGGCCCAAGAGAAGGUACUGCAGAAGUUGGGGAAAACUGUGGAGACCAAAGAUGAACGGUUUGAACAAAGUGCCAGUAACUUCCACCAACAACAGGCAGAAGGUCAUAAGCUAUACAAGGACCUGAAGAACUUCCUCAGUGCAGUCAAAGUGAUGCAUGAAAGUUCAAAGAGAGUGUCAGAAACCCUGCAGGAGAUCUACAGCAGCAAGUGGGAUGGUCAUGAGGAGCUGAAGGCCAUCGUGGCGAAUAAUGAUCUCCUUUGGGAAGACUAUGAAGAGAAACUAGCUGACCAGGCUUUGAGGACCAUGGAAAACUAUGUGGCCCAGUUCAGUGAGAUUAAGGAAAGAAUCGCCAAGCGGGGCCGGAAGCUCGUGGACUACGACAGUGCCCGACAUCACCUGGAGGCGGUACAGAAUGCCAAGAAGAAAGAUGAGGCCAAGACAGCCAAGGCAGAGGAAGAGUUCAACAAAGCCCAGGUUGUAUUUGAAGAUCUGAACCAGGAACUACUAGAGGAGCUGCCUGUCCUUUAUAACAGUCGUAUUGGCUGUUAUGUGACCAUCUUCCAAAACAUUUCCAACCUGAGGGAUGUCUUCUACAGGGAAAUGAGCAAGCUGAACCACAAUCUCUACGAGGUGAUGAGCAAACUGGAGAAGCAACAUUCCGACAAAGUCUUUGUGGUGAAGGGACUAUCAAGCAGCAACAGACGCUCUUUAGUCAUCUCUCCCCCAGUUCGAACAUCUACAGUCUCCAGCCCUCUAACCUCACCUACCAGUCCUUCUGCACUUUCCCUGAAGAGUGAGAAGGACUCCAGCUCAGCAAGUGAAGAAGAGCUGGCAUCUGAUUCAGCCCAGGGAGAAGACAACUCCCAGAUUAAAGAAGAGCCCUUAAAAGACAAGGAAACAGAGGAGGAGGCGGAGACAAGCUCCUCUGAGGAAGAAGAGCCUCAGCUGGCCUGCAAUGGCCCCACCCAGUCCCAGCCCUCACCCCUCACUGAGGAUAGAGAGUCCCAGGAGGAAGUUUUCCUUUGCUCCCCAUCUCCACCCCCAGGCAGAGCUCUGACCCCUUCAGAGCAGGCUUCAUCUUCCUCAGUAGUAGUCCUCCGAACUCGUACCUCAAGCGAAGGAUCUGAAGAGCCGAAGAAGAGAGUCUCUGUGCAGAGGGCUUCAGCACCACCUAAUAGGCCUCCACCACCCAGAGCCACUCCCAGUCCCAGGGCCUCCUUAGGGAACACGCCCUCCAGCCCUCCAGCCUCACCCACCAGCCCCCGGGCCUCCUCAGAGGCCUCUCCUGACCCACAGCCACCAGAGAAGCCGGUAAGAGCAAAGGAAAACACCGACAGUCCGAACCCAGAAGAGCUCUGCACGUCCCCUACUUUGAUGAUGUCUCAGGUGAGAACAGAUCUGGCUGAGUCUUUAUUCCCUUUUAUCAUCUCCACAAGACAGGAGGACAAUAAGCUCAUCGCAACUGACUGCCCUGAGGCACUAAAAUCUGAGUCAUCAAGGCUUCAUGGCUCUGCAGUUCCAGAAGAGAGCAAUGUCAUAGCACCCGAGCCUGAAGAAGAGGUGUCCACCGUUCAAAAUGCGCAACUCUGA